GACCGCACUCGCCUCGCCUCCCGCAGCACCGCACCUCACCUCCACCCGCAACUACCGCACCCACCGCCUCUCGCCAAGAUGAACGCUGCUGCCAACGCCAUCGAGCGCACCAUGGACGACCCCAAGACGUCCAUCCACAACGAGAUCGUCAACCCGAGCAUCCAGACGGAGGGUGCCGACCCGAGCGGCGAGGAGAUGAUCUCGCUCGUCUGGAACGGCAAGAUGAAGGUCGCCGUCGAGAACGCGAGGAAGCCCAAGGUGGUCGACGACAAGGACAUCGUUCUCAAGGUCACCGGCACGACCGUCUGCGGUUCCGACAUGCACCUGCUCGCCGGCGCCAUCAUCGAGCUCCAGAAGGGCGACAUCCUCGGCCACGAGUGCAUGGGCGUGAUCGACCAGGUCGGGCCUGGCGUCAAGAACUUCAAGGUCGGCGACCGCGUCGUUGCCGGCUUCAACGUUGGGUGCGGCGAGUGCUACAUGUGCGAGAAGAAGUUGUCGUCGCAGUGCAUCAACACCAACAACUCGUCGCUCCAGAACGCCAUGUACGGCAACCGGACGUGCGGCAUGCUCGGGUACUCGCACUUCACGGGCGGCUUUGCCGGCGGCCAGGCCGAGUACGUGCGCAUCCCCUACGGCGAGGCCAACUGCAUCAAGGUGCCCGAGGGCGUCUACGACGAGGACGCGCUGUACCUCUCCGACUCGCUCGUCACGUCGUUCCACCAGGUCGAGGACACGGGCAUCGAGGAGGGCGACAUUGUGGGCAUCUGGGGCGUCGGCGUCAUCGGCCUCCUCGCCGGCGUGUGGUCGGCCAUGCGCGGCGCCAAGCACAUCAUCGCCAUCGACAACGUCGACUGGCGUCUCGAGAACUUCCGCGAGAAGCUGUCGAAGGACUACCCGAACGUCAAGAUCGACCUCGUCAACUUCAACAAGGACAAGAAGGUCGUCGCCCGCAUCCAGGAGCUCACUGCGCCGGGCAAGGACGGUCGCCCUGCCACGCGCCCGCCCGGCCUCGACGUCGCCUUCGAGUGUGCCGCCGGUGAGUACGCCAAGUCGUGGCUCCACAAGCUCGAGAUGCUCGCCGGCCUCGAGACCGACACGAGCGAGCUUCUCAACGAGAUGAUCGAGUCGUGCAUCGGCUUUGGUCGCAUCGGCAUCACGGGCGUCUACGCCGGCUACGCCAACCACGUCAACGUCGGCAGCCUCAUGGAGCGCGGUAUCCGUCUCAUCGGCAACGGCCAGGCCCCGACGCACAAGUACAUGCAGCGCCUCAUGGACGACUACAUCUCGAACGGCAAGGUCAAGCCUCGUGAGCUCUUUGUCACGCACCGCAUCGCGCUCGACCAGAUCGACAAGGUCUACUACUCGAUGCGCGAGCACAACGAGAAGGACAAGAUCAUCAAGGCGUUCAUCGCGACCAAGUUCAGUGGCCCGCCGGCGCCGGGCGCCCCUGGCCUGACGACGCUCUGAACGACCGCCUUGCUCGAGGGCAGCCUGAUCCCGCCCGUGUCGCCUGUCUGCUCUAGUCCUUGUACAUAGCCGAGCCUGAAUGAGCCCGCAAUGCAGUGCCUGUCUCUGUUCC